AGUACAUAUUGAUCCAGUAUCAAAAUGAUUGCAUCUUUAUUAAUACUAAAUAUUCUGGUGGUUGCCAGUUAUGGGCAAGGUUUAAAUAUCUGCCCACCACAUGGCACCCAUUACAUUCCACAUCCAAGGAUGUUUGGUAAAUUUCUUGAAUGCAGAGAAGGUAUUGGAUAUGAAAAGUCUUGUCCAGAAGGUCUUCUAUACAACGCCAAUAAUAAAUUUUGUUAUGAUCCCGAACACUUGAAAACCGCCUUUGUUUCUAUCCAUACUAAAGCUAUGAGUCGUCACUAUGAUUGUCCUGGAUGUCGCCCACAACCACCAUGUUCCAAUGGAAAUGGAUGUCACCAAAAACCACCUUGUUCCAAUGGAAAUGGAUGUCACCCAAAACCACCUUGUUCCAAUGGAAAUGGAUGUCACCCAAAACCAUCUUGUUCCAAUGGAAAUGGAUGUCACCCAAAACCACCUUGUGAAAAUGGAUGUAAUUCUUGUAAUAAUGAAUGUGGUCCUGUAAUUCCCCUUAAAUGUUCUGGAUAUCCUGGUUACCCUGGUUAUCCUGGUUAUGGUUUUCCAGUAGGAACAUGUCCAGUAUGUGAUGGCGUAUGCCAUGAAAAACUAGCGGAUUAUCAAGAUUGUACCGUUUACUAUGUAUGUGAUCAUGGAUGUGCAGUCUGGCAUCGUUGUCCUAAGGGAACGUACUUCAACAUUAAUUCAAAAGAAUGCGAACUCAACAAAUCUUGGAACGAAAGAAACACUAUAGCACAAUAGAUUAUGAUUAUAGUUAACUUCAUGUCGUACUAAGUUUUCCAUUAAUAUAAAUGUAAAAAGAGA